AUGGAACAACCCGAGGAGGAUCGGCUAGAUCACGAGUCAGAGGAGGUGGAGAACUUAAGGCUGGCCCAGUCAAAGAGCAACACUGACAGUUUGAACACAGACCUUGAAAGAGAUAUGCAAAGAAUAGAUGAAGCAAAUCAGGAACUUCUUCUCAAAAUCCAUGAGAAAGAAGAUGAAAUACAGAGGCUGGAAAGUGAGAUCACUCAGCCCCAGGACUUGACAGAAGAUGAGGAGUGGGAGAAGCAGAAUAGUGCCACAGUGGAAAGGGAAAGAACGUUGCAAGACCUGGAAGAAGAAAUGGCCAGACUUGAAAGGAAAAAUGAGAGUCUGGUGCACGGUAUAAGAGAACUUCAAAAAAAGCUUACAAGGAAAUCACAAAAGGCAACCAAGUGUGAACAAGGCCAUCUAAAGGGAGCACCCAAAGAGUCAAAGGUUAAGUUACAACAGCUGGAAGCUUCCUGUGCUGACCAAGAGAAGGAACUGGCCAAGGUAAUGGAAGACUAUGCACACGUGGCCCAGCUCUGCAAAGAUCAGGUCAUCUGCAUUAAGAAGUACCAGGAAACUGUGAAGAACAUUGAAGAAGAAGUAGAGACUCAGCUCCUUGAGAGAGAAGUAGCAAAAGUCUUGAGCAUGAACUCUGCAAGAAAAGAAUACAACAGCCAAAAUAAUAAGGACAAUUCUCUCCAAAAGAAGGGAAUAUGGCUCUGUAAAAGGAUUUUUCAAUUUCUCUUUUUCAUCACCCUAUUUUUCUUCACACUCCUGAGCUACUUGUUUUUCCACAUAAGUUUCAUAAAUCCAGAUCUCCUAAUCAACAUACUACCCAAGAUACUGAACAGGAGCACCUUGUGGAGGCUAAGAAGCUUCCUCUCUGCAUCUCUCACACUUCAGACUGAGGACUUGUUGCCCCACUAAUCCCCAAAAAACAUCCUUGGAAAAAGAAGGCAAGUGGUACCUGACUGUGUACACUAGGAGAUGGUGGAACUUGUAGAGGGAAGAUGUUCUCUUCAGUUUUUCCCUUGAGGUUUGCCUACUGAUUACCUUUCCUCCCAUGUUGUCUUUCCAAGAUCGACCUUGCCCAGUAAACAUCUCUGUCAAUAGAUUUCAGUGGCUAUAGGAUAAGCUAAAUAGUAUGAAAUAGUAAACAAAGUAGACCACUUUCAGAAUAAUGUCAUAGAUGCUAAGCAAAGUUAGAGUCCAUCAAUACUUCUAGUUAAUCUUAAAAAUGUAAGAGACUGGAUCUCUGCAAUGCAGAUGGCUCACUACUGAUAAUCAGAACUCUAUAGCAGCAAAUGAACUUAACUUAAGCUAACUUACAAAUUACAGCAAAAUUUUAAAAAAGAUAUUUCCUUAUGGAACUAAAAAUCUGAGGUUUCAGGCAUGGCUGAAUGCAGAAGUUUCGCCAGCAUCCUCAAGGCUUCAUCUCUCUCCCUCCUUUCUCUGAAUGGGCAUUGCUCCUUUAAGUGGCAAUAUUCUGCCAAUAACCUAAAUCCUAUGCUACCAGAUUAGCAACUUCAGCACAAUCAGUCUUUUCCAAUAGCUGCAGCAGGAAAGACCAAAGAAUCUGUAUUGGUUGAAGUCAAUUGCCUAUCCCUGUGUCCCAUAAUCAGCUGAUCAUGCGUCAGCAAAGUCAUCCUUUAAUGAAAGGCUUAAAGGCAUCUUGUACCACAGAUAAAUAUUUCAAACAGAAGUAACCAAAUGGAAAAUAAAAAUUAAGCAACUUUCUUUAUCUGGUAAAUUGCCUAGAAUGAGUAAAUUCUUUCUUCACCCCAGGCCUCAGGGAA